AUGGCUGGGCUAGAGAAGGUGAACCAAACCACUGUCACAGAAUUUCUGCUGGUUGGAUUUGAGACCCGUCCCGAGCUGCAGAUAACCCUCUUUGUGAUGUUCUUCAUUAUCUACCUGUCAACCGUUGCUGGGAACAUUCUCCUCAUUCUCACAGUUUGGACUGACCAUCAUCUCCACACUCCCAUGUACUUCUUCCUCAGCAAUUUGUCCUUCCUGGAAACCGGCUAUGUUUCCAAUGUCAUCCCCAGACUGUUGGUGAGUUUUCUGACGCAGGACAAGACCAUCUCUCUGCCAGGUUGUUGCCUCCAAUUGUAUGUUUUUAGCUUCUUGGGCACUACUGAAUGUUUCCUCCUGACUGGGAUGUCCUACGACCGGUACUUGGCAAUAUGCAGACCAUUACAUUAUGUAACUCUGAUGAACCCCAGGACUUGCCUUCUGUUGGCAGUUGCUUCUUGGACAUGUGGAUUUGUCGCUCCUUCCUUCACACUGGUUCGCUUCUUUUGUGAUUUAACAGCAGUGUUGAGACUUUCCUGUGAAGACACCAGCAUCAUUAAGGUAACAUCCCUGAUCUUAGCUUCCAUCAUUACCUUGGCCCCAUUUGUCCUGACCAUCACAUCCUACGUCUAUGUCAUCCUAACCAUCCUGGGAAUCCCAUCCACUGCUGGGAGGAAAAAGGCCUUUUCCACCUGUUCCUCUCACCUCAUUGUUGUGUCAACUUUCUACGGGGCUCUGAUCAUCAUGUAUGUGGUGCCCUCAGGAAACCAGUCUCUGGAUUUCAACAAGGUGUUCUCCCUGCUCUACACAGUGGUGACUCCCAUGUUCAACCCCAUUGUCUACAGUCUGAGGAACAAAGAGGUGAAAGAUGCCUUGGGAAGGGUCAUCCGUAAAAUGUUGCUUUCUCCCAAGAUGUAG